AGUUUCACUUGUCGCGCUGAGUUCGUUCGUGUCGCAGCAGCAGCAGCAGCAGCAAGUAGCAGCAGCAGCGAGAGUGCCGUUAUUCCGUUCGUUACAUAAAGAAGAGAUUUCAAAUAGCAAGUUUAAGUGCGCUGCUCGGUUGCGAAUGGCAUAAAUCAUUCAGCUAAAGCAGCAUUGUGAUAAACAUUUAAACAGCCAAUGUAAACGAAAGGAGCCAGCGCGACCCGUAUGCGAAAAAAUAGAAAUCAAAUCGAAAUUGAAAUCGAAAUCGAAAGGAAAGAAAAGUAAUGAAAUAAAUUCAGAGCCCCAGUGACUGUGUAUCUGGUAUAUGGAGCCCGAAAAAAAAUGAAAUAUUAAAUGUGCCGUAACACGGGCGUUGAAAAAAGUACCAGGUAGUCGUGGGCCCAGUGGAAAAAGGAGGAGUUCAAAGAGGAAGAGGCGGAGGUGGCAAGGUGGCAAAAGACGAAAGGCGAACGAAAAUGUAAUAGAGGUCAAAAGAAGCAUUGAUUUAACGUGUGCACUUCCUCCCACUUUCACCUCCACUCCUCUGGCUUCUUCUUCUUCUGGUUCUCCCUGUUAUCCUCCCACCACCAUCCACAGUGUCCUGUGUGUCCUGAGUGCUGUUUUUCGUGCCUCGACUGUGCACUGUGUGCGUGUCUCUCUCUCUCGCAAUAUUUGCGUGUGCGUGCCUCUGUCUCUGUGUGUUAUAAAUAAUUUGUUUAAAAUUCGUCAAAUCGCUUGACGUUUCAUUCAAUAAAUUUCACCCAAAAAGUCGCAGAGUCACGCACACACACACAACGCCCCGUGUGGCGCCCGUGAAUCGUGUAUGUAUGUGCGAAAAAUGUUGAUGACGAACCACUUACGUCUAUCGCAACCCACGAAACCAACGAAACCACCACAAACACAAACACACAGCCGCAGCAGCUGAAAAAAUCGCAUGUAACACACCAACACACCCGCACACCAUACACACACAUAGCCCUGGGACACACGUACAGUUCAAUAUCCAAUAAGAAACCAAGCAUAAUUACAUAAUCAAAUAGAACGACUGGCAAAAAAAAAGAAUAAAGACAAGAGACAAACACGAAUAAAUAAAAUCACGAGCAACAAAAGCGGAAACCAGCGCAAACAAGGACAAGAAAGCAAACACGAAAAUUCAACGCAAAGUGCAGAAUUAUUUAAUCAACGCCAGCCAGUCAGCAAGUCGAAAACCCUGGAAACGCCUAAAAAUAAAAGGACACGCGAUAACCAAAAAUAGAACGUAAUGAUAAAACCAAAACCAAAGUACCUGCAACAAUGAAAUUGAGCAAAUCUUAAAAGCAUAUAACCCAAAAAAACAAACCCAAGAUAGAAUUACUUUUAAAAAUAUACAAAGGACACUCGCUAUAUACAAAAGUGCUAUAGAUAAACGAUAAACGCUAAACUUAUAAAAAAAAACGUAGUUCGUUGCCGUUUGUUCACCGCUGGAUGAUACUGACACAGCCCAAGGAUAUAGAGCGUAAUCCCCGUUGAGAUAGAGUAAUGGAACUAACCUCGUAGUUUGUAGAGAGACGAGCGUCUCAGACCGUAGGACAGCAAAUUAAAAAAUUCAAAUAACCGCAACAUAAACGCACUUAACGACUAACUAAAACUACCAAGUAGUUGCCUCUCUAUAUACAAUAUAUAUAUAUAUAUACACCUACGAGAUAUAUACAAGAUACCUAGCCGUAGCGAAUAGAUAAACGCCAGUCUGUAUAUCUACCUAUAUGGAUUUAUUUUUAUAAUGCCGCUAGAGCGAAACUCGAUCCCCGCCCUCGACCUAGGCCUUUCAAAUUGCAUCUAAAUAAGUAACGAGGGCGAUUAAUGCAUUAAUUGGGUGGCGAAGGACGUCGCCACACGGAGUCCCAAGGAGGGACUGUCGCCGGGUCCGGGUCCAAGUCCACACUGCUUUGCGUGUUGCUCGUGCCAGAUACACACACCCAGGACUGUAGACCUCAGACUGUAGACCCACGGAGGGAUACAAACGUACAGAACGAAAUUAAGCUACCUGCUUUGGGUUUCCCGUGUUGCGCUGCCUUGACGUAACUCCGCCUUAACUCGCGUCGCUUCCAUUUGCCACAAAGUAAAAAAAAUAUAAGGCGACCGCAAAGCCAAAACUGCGGUGCGUUCGUUAAACUUUCAUGACCAAACAUUAAUUUAAGCAGGGAAGAGGAGAGAAGCGGCCAGAAGAGGGUUGGAAAGCGGAGAGAUAGCAUACAUUUCGGAGCAAGGAAACUGAGCUGUCAUCGUCACAAUCCCCCCUCCAACAGCUAGUUUGUUUUUGUGAUAAAUAAUUCAACGAUCCACUCUCGGAUCCCGAUCCUGCCCACCCCACUUCAGCUCCAGUUACCGUUACCGUUACCGUUAUAGCUCCAGUUCCAGGCCCCACCAUCACAUCUGUACACCACCAACCGAAUAGCAACAAUAACUAUACCCUAGUGGAUAAACGACAUUUAUAAUCCAAAGUACAAAACGAAUAGCCCCGAAAUAACGCUGUUAACUAAAGUAAAACGAAAGCUAAACUAUAAAUAGUAACAUAUGGUAUUAUUAUACACGCAACUCAAACAGAUAGAGUCCUAAAGAGUCACAUAACCUCAAACGAACAAGCGCAUAACGAAACGAAUUGAAACGAAAAGUGAAGAACCAUAAGCAAUAUUAGAAGUGCUGUUGACUAUUUUAGAGGCCACCUUUUAGAUAUCCUCACCCAACCUACGUUACUCAACCAAACACCUAAGAACCCACCAAAAUCGAAUCGAAAACCUAACCUAAAACCUAAAACACGGAUAAGGACGACGACGAGGACGAACAGCCCCAUGUGCGAGUGAGACAGCCAGAUAGUAACACAACGAAAAGCAAUUUAUUUUUGUUUACGUGUCCGUGUGCCCGAGCGCUCGAGCUGUAUUAGUUAAUGCCAAAAAUCGAAGCGGAAGUUGCACCCACACCUGCACACACACAACAACUACUACUAACACACACAUACCUACUCAGCCGCCAUGACAAGGCCAAGAAUUGCAGCGGGCAUUGCGGGGCCUUCCCGGCGGCAAUAGCAACAGCAACACCCUGAAACAAAAAAUAAAGAAACCAGAUAUAUCCCCCGAAACAACAACAACUACGUUACGUUAGCGAAGGUGGCGCGAGUGGUUCGAUGUGGUUCGAAUCCGACUUCGAGUGCAGGUGGUGACGUGACAGCGGCGGCGUCGUGGGUCCAAGAAAAUGCACGUUAAACACACUCAGCGCCGAGUCAGCGGUCCUGGAGCCUUCGGAACCUUUACCAACGAUCAACGUGCCAGCCGCGACAACUUGUGCCCGGAGAACCAGCAGCAGCAGCAGCAGCGGCACUCGCACUCGCACCAGCACUUGGUGCGCCAGUCUCUGGUGAGUCUCAGCAACGGACAGCCGGCGGCAUCGGCGGCGGACAGCGUCUCGCUGCUGCGGGCGGGCGAUGACCAGCAGCAACAUCUCCAGCAGCAACAUCUGCAACAGCAACACCUACAACAGCAGCAACAUCUGCAACAGCAGCAACGGCAGCGCAGCAGCAGCAGCCGGCUAUCUACGAGUGGGAUCUCCAAGCAGAACUCCGGGGACAGCAGGAGCGGUCUGCGAAUUCUCGACAGCAGCCACAGUCCGGUGAGCUGCGGCACCCAGAGCGUGAGCAGCACCGGUGGCCAGUCGGCGCUCUACGAUGCCUGUCACGAGUACUCGCGCAGCUUGAGUGCAGCGGCUGCAGAAGGAGCCGGCUCGCUGCUCAAGAGCCACUACAGUGACCAGCAGUUGGCCCAGCCGGAGCCAGAGCCAGAACCGGAUCCGGAAAGGGAUCGGGAUCGGGAUCGGGACAGGGAUCGGGAUAGAGAUCGAGACAGGGAGAGGGAGCGUCGCCACCUGACCAACCUCAACCUCAAUCUGAACAGCGAGUACGACUACAGCGGCAGUGACAAACAGCAACUGGUCAACGAGACAUACAUCUUCAAGUGCAUCGCCAACAGUCCCUCGUUCCUGCGCACCAACAAGAUCAAGGAGCAGUCCAAGAAGCUGCGCAAUCUCUCCCUGAAGACACGCACCGCCAAGAAGAAGGGCCAGAUCAUCUCGAAGUCGAACGCGGUGUCGGAUAACUCGCUGCAUCCGGGCGACAAGUACCUCAACUUGUAUCUGGUGGAGAAGAAGCACUCGCUGCAGCCGCAGGUGGCCUCCACCUCGAGUUCCACCCCGCAUCCGCAGGCCUCCUCGGCGCCGGCCAGCUCCUCCUCCACGUGCACAAGGGCACAGCAGUUGCCCGCCUUGUCCGCGGUUGCUGCCCGCCAGCAACAGUUGCUGCUGAACGGAUCGCUCAAGGGCAAGGGGCAGUCCCGGCAGACGCUGCCCGGCCAUCGGGCGUCGGUGAGGAGCGAGAGUGGAAGCGGGAGCAGCCACACCAUUCCGGCGACGGGCAAGAGUCCGCCGGUGCCGCAAUCGCUGGCGGCCAAGAUCAGCAGCUCGGCAAGCGGCAGCAAGAACUGCAACCUGCUCAGCGCCAGCAGCAACUCAUGCCACAAGCUGCACGCCCACGCCCACGGAUCGGGAGCAGGAUCGGGAUUAGGAUCAGGAUCAGGAUCGGGAGCCGGUGCAGGAGCAGGACCUGGACACUACUCGGCGGCCUCGCCCAAGAGCUCGGUGAGCAGCAACGGGCACCUGAACAAGUACUGCCUCACGGACCUCACGCGCCGCAAGGCCGAGUUCAAUCGCCAGCUGAGCGCCCCCACGGACUACACGCACCACUCCUCCAGCAACGGAUCGCAGCAGGAGGGCUCCUCGGAGGCCAACGAGGGCCACGAGCCGGUCGGGGAGUCGACCAUCACAGUAGCCAGUGCAGGCGUUUCGUAUCCGCACCACGCCUCCUCGGCCACAGCGCCCGCCAAUCUCAAGGCGUCGCUCCAGCUGCACAGCUUCGGGGGCCACCACCCGUGUCCUUAUCCGGCAAGGCCCACGUCCACGUCGUGCACCAACAGCUUCAACCGGCGCCACAUCCGCCGGCACAAGGGCAAGCUCGGCGAUCGACUGCUGAGCGGGGAUAGUGAGGAAUCGGUACGCUGCUCCUACUGCUCGGUGCUGAAUGUGAACGAGAACGACCUGCGCAUUUCGUUCGAGAACACCUGCACCGACUCGCUGGUCACCGCUUUCGAUGAUGAGGCCUUGCUAAUAUGCGACCAAGGAACCGAAAUGGUACACUUUGAUGACGUGUCGUUGUACGGCACUCCGAAAGAGGAGCCCAUGCCCAACAUACCGAUUGUGUCGGAAAAAGUCUCUGCGAAUUUCCUAAAAAGUCAAUUGCAAUCAUGGUUCCAGCCGACGGACAACCGACUGGCCAUGAAACUGUUUGGCAGCCGCAAGGCGCUGGUCAAGGAGCGCAUACGUCAGAAAACUUCCGGGCAUUGGGUCAUACACCCUUGCAGUUCAUUCAGGUUUUACUGGGACCUUUGCAUGCUUUUAUUAUUAGUAGCAAAUCUUAUUAUCCUGCCAGUCGCAAUAUCAUUCUUCAACGAUGAUCUGAGCACACGAUGGAUUGCCUUCAACUGCCUAAGUGAUACUAUUUUUUUAAUAGAUAUUGUAGUCAAUUUUAGAACAGGAAUUAUGCAACAAGACAACGCUGAACAAGUAAUAUUGGAUCCAAAGCUUAUAGCUAAACACUAUUUAAGAACUUGGUUUUUUCUCGAUUUGAUUUCGUCGAUACCGCUAGAUUAUAUAUUUUUAAUUUUCAAUCAAGAUUUCUCUGAUUCUUUUCAAAUAUUGCAUGCCGGACGCGCCCUGCGCAUCCUGCGCCUGGCCAAGCUGCUCUCCCUGGUGCGACUGCUCCGCCUUUCCCGCCUCGUGCGCUACGUGUCCCAAUGGGAGGAGGUCUAUAUUCUGCAGAAUCUACAGAAAAAAAGUGCUGAUCGCAGAGGGAGAAUGAACAGAAAAGACAAAGAUGGCUUGACAAAAAGCAACCUAAUUCUCAAGUUCCUCAAUAUGGCCUCGGUCUUCAUGAGGAUCUUCAAUUUAAUUUGCAUGAUGCUCCUAAUCGGCCAUUGGAGCGGUUGCUUGCAGUUCUUAGUGCCAAUGUUGCAGGGUUUUCCAUCCAACUCCUGGGUCUCCAUCAACGAGUUGCAGGAAUCGUACUGGCUGGAGCAGUAUUCGUGGGCAUUGUUUAAGGCCAUGUCGCACAUGCUCUGCAUAGGCUAUGGCAGAUUCCCACCACAAUCACUGACAGACAUGUGGCUGACGAUGCUGUCGAUGAUAUCUGGGGCCACGUGUUACGCAUUGUUCCUCGGUCACGCGACCAAUCUCAUCCAGAGCUUGGACUCCAGCCGGCGUCAGUAUCGCGAGAAGGUCAAACAGGUGGAGGAGUAUAUGGCCUAUCGCAAGCUGCCGCGUGACAUGCGGCAGCGCAUCACGGAAUACUUCGAGCAUCGCUACCAGGGUAAAUUCUUCGAUGAAGAGUUGAUACUUGGCGAGUUGAGCGAGAAAUUGCGCGAGGAUGUCAUCAACUACAACUGCAGAUCCCUCGUGGCGUCAGUGCCUUUUUUUGCUAAUGCCGAUUCGAAUUUCGUUUCCGACGUAGUUACCAAACUGAAAUACGAAGUUUUCCAACCAGGUGAUAUUAUCAUAAAGGAGGGUACGAUCGGUACUAAGAUGUACUUCAUACAGGAGGGCGUGGUGGACAUUGUCAUGGCCAACGGCGAGGUUGCCACCUCACUAUCGGAUGGCUCUUACUUCGGUGAGAUCUGUCUGCUGACCAAUGCGCGUCGUGUGGCCAGCGUGCGAUCCGAAACCUAUUGCAAUUUAUUCUCGUUGAGCGUGGAUCAUUUCAAUUGCGUUCUGGAUCAGUAUCCGCUGAUGCGCAAAACAAUGGAGACUGUGGCCGCGGAGCGGUUGAACAAGAUUGGCAAGAAUCCAAACAUAAUGCAUCAGAAGGACGAGCAGCUGAGCAAUCCGGAGUCGAACACGAUUACGGCUGUGGUUAAUGCCUUAGCUGCUGAGGCGGAUGACUGCAAAGAUGAUGACAUGGAUCUCAAGGAGAAUUUACUGCAUGGGUCAGAGUCGAGCAUUGCUGAGCCGGUGCAGACGAUACGUGAGGGUCUCCCGAGGCCGCGGAGCGGGGAGUUCCGCGCCCUGUUCGAGGGCAACACCCCAUGACACUGAGGAGCGAUGACGAGCGGUGCCGGCGGGCACCGGGCAACCAUCUGAAGACAGCGGUUCGCUGGACACUCACUCACCUAAACCCACACCCAUACCCCAAAAACAGGACUCCCACACUCACACACACACACUGCGUAUAUAAUAAUUUAGUAAAAGGAACCCCAAGACGCGAUAAGAGUACACUAAAAAAGAAUCAAUUUAUGGUAGACACUCUAUAUAUGCAAUUGCGAUUUAGUAGAAAACGUAUUAAAAACAAAAAAUCCAAAAAAAGAUAAAACAAAAACAA